CUUCCCUCUUUUCCUCCUGGCGGGCCCGAGUGGUGAUGUGAGAUUCCGGAGGCAGCCAGGGAAGUGGCCGCAGUACAAUCACAUCCACGUCUGUGAUCAUGGCCGAGAAUAACGCCCAGAAUAAAGCCAAACUCAUUUCUGAGACCCGGCAGAGGUUCGAAGCUGAGUUUGUGACAGAUAAGCCGGAGAAAUAUGACUCCCGUGAUAUCGAAAGGCUGCAACAGGAUGAUCACUGGGUUGAAAGUUAUUUAUCUUGGCGACAUAAUGUGGUGGAUGAAACGCUGAAGAUGAUUGAUGAAAGUUUUCAGUGGAGGAAAGAAAUGUCUGUUCACGAUUUGAAUGAAUCUUCCAUUCCUAGAUGGUUAUUGGAAAUUGGUGGUAUUUAUCUCCAUGGUUAUGACAAAGAAGGCAACAAGUUGUUCUGGAUCAGGGUGAAGUAUCAUGUAAAAGACCAUAAAACCAUAUCGGACAAAAAGAAGCUCAUAGCUUUCUGGUUGGAGCGUUAUUCCAGAAGAGAAAAUGGGAAACCUUUGACAGUUAUGUUUGACCUGUCAGAAACGGGAAUCAAUAGCAUAGAUAUGGACUUUGUACGUUUCAUCAUUAACUGCUUUAAGGUAUACUACCCUAAAUAUGUCUCAAAAAUAGUGAUCUAUGAUAUGCCUUGGAUAAUGAAUGCUGCUUUCAAAAUUGUGAAAUCCUGGCUGGGUCCUGAGGCAGUGAGUUUAUUGAAGUUUACGGGUAAAAACGAAGUUCAGGACUACGUGAGCGUUGAGUACCUGCCUCCGCACAUGGGCGGAACUGACCCUUUCAAAUACAGCUACCCUCCCCUAGUAGAUGACGACUUUCAGACCCCCCUGUGUGAAAAUGGGCCGAUCGCCAGUGAGGAUGAAGGAUCCAGUAAAGAAGACACUGAGAGUGAUAGUAAAGAAACCUUGGAAACAGCUUCUAAUGAAGAACCACCAUCAGCUACCAAAAAGAUCAGCGUAACUAAAGAAGAAAGCGAAAAAGUUGAUUCCAAAAUGAAAACUUUCAAGAAACCACUGAGUGUGUUUAAAGGGCCCUUACUACACAUCAGCCCAGCGGAAGAAUUGUAUUUUGGAAGUGCAGACUCUGGAGAGAAGAAAACUUUAAUAAUAUUGACAAAUGUGACUAAAAAUAUUGUGGCUUUUAAGGUGAGAACCACUGCACCAGAAAAAUACCGAGUCAAGCCCAGCAACAGCAGCUGUGACCCUGGAGCGUCAGUUGACAUUGUGGUGUCUCCCCACGGGGGUUUAACGGUCUCUGCCCAAGACCGCUUCCUCAUCAUGGCCGCGGAAAUGGAGCAGCCAUGUGGCACGGGCACAGCUGAGCUGAGCAAUUUCUGGAAAGAAGUCCCAAGGAACAAAGUGAUGGAGCACAGGUUAAGAUGCCACGUGAUCGAGAGCAGUAAGCCUAACACUCUCAUACUAAAAGACCAUUCCUUCGGCCGGUCAGAUAAAACCAGUGAAGACAUAGCUCUACAACUCAAUCGUAUACUAGAAAGUAGUAGGAAGCUUGAAGACCAAGUUCAGCGCUGUCUCUGGUUCCAGCAGCUGUUGCUCUCAGUAACAGUGCUCUUGCUUGCUUUCGUCAUCUCUCUCUUCUAUUUGUCGCACAGUUAAAGAAGGUGGUGCUCCAUAGAAAUAAGACUCCUCGAUCAUUAGUUGGAAAGAGUAACAGAGCCAAAACUCCACCAUGCUACUAACCAUGCUGCGCAUGUGUGCUUCCACCAGGAAGUGUGAGCAACCACUUAGAACGGAAACGAGACCUGUCUUGACAAUAAUCUGCUAGAAUAAGGAAAUGUUAAAGAAGCCGAUUAUUUCAGAGGCUAGUUAGUAAGGCAUUUUUUUUUUGUUAUGUGAAUGAGUUGUUUAAAUAUAAUUUAUUUUUUCCUUUUGAGUAGUCGUAAAGCUUACGUUUUGUAAUGUAUAUACGUUAGCCAAAUGGAAAAGUAUAAGUAACAUGCUUUGUUGCAGCCAAGAAAUGUAAUCUGCUUUUUUGGGUAGAAUUAUUGUAGCGGAGCCAACUUAGUAUCUUUUCUAUACUAUACUAUGUAAAUAGAGAACAUGUACAUUGGAGGGGGGGAAUAGACUAAUUUAAGUAAGUCAUGACUUUGUAAUUUUGAAAUUACUUCCAGGUGAUAGUUAAUAUUCUUUGGGAAUGUAAAACCAUUCAAUGCCAAACCACUUUCAGCCUUUGUUUCUUAUCCGUAUUCCUUAAUAGCCUGCCUUUUAAUCUCAGAUGUUUCAUGAACACCCACUUGGGUAGAACUUGGAAAGCCAAGAGUCUGGUUGGGUUUUCCUUGAAUUCUGUUAAUAAUGACCAGAAGGGAAGCCUUGGGUCUCCCCUUCUUCCUCAGCUUCUUGUUGCUCACUGGCUGGACAGUGCCCCUUUGGCUCGAUCCUCCAUCUUUUCUGAAUGAAAAGACUUCGAAGAUGUUUGGAAAAGUUAUUGAGAGGCCUCGCAAUAUAGUUUUCAUUUCAGUUUCUUGUUAACUUCACACAUGAGAAGGACACUUGACAGAAGAAUGAUGUAUCUAUAGGGAGUGGGGAAGAGUCGAGACUCAAGUGUCAGCUCUCCAUUAAAGAGAGAAAAAUUGAACUCAUGAUGGACUGUAAACCCUUCAGAUCAGGGCUAAUUGUCAUGCUGGAUACUCAGCCUUUUUAAUCACAUUGAAAAGGUUGGCCAAAUUCCUAAAAAGGACUUCAUGGCAGGAACACAGAGUCAUGAAAUCAGUUUUUUUCUCAUUAGUAUGACUGGUUUCACAUGUAAAUCUCUGAUUUAACAAAAAAAUAUAUAGUCUGGCUGUGAAAUAAAUUCUGAGUUUCAAUUGAGCUAUGUUUGGAGAUUUUUUUUUAUUCUGAGGUAUAGUUUGGGUGUCUUUCAUCUUGAGAGGCUGAUAAUUCCAAAGUUGAAUUAUGCAAAAAUGAAUAAUACAGUCACAUCCCUCUGAAAUUAACCUCAGAAAGAAAACCUUAAAAGGACACUGCUCUGAUCUUUUGUCUUCCUUUGGGUUUUUCUGUUUCAGUUUGCCAACUCCAGACGGGAAAGGGACUGAAGUUCACCCUAAGUAAUAUCUGUAAUAACUCCCUGUGACUGCACAGGGCUUCCCGUCUAUGUUAAAAUCCUUGGCUUUUGUACCAUCGAAUCCCAAGGUCUUUGUGUGUUUCAUGUUCCUUGGCAAAUAAACAAGGCAACAGUCAAUACUGGAAUGUACUUGUCCUAACAGUGUCCUUUUAAUGAUUUAUAUAAAAAUAUGGCAACUCACAAGUCUUCCUUGCUGUCUGGCAAAAUGAAUCUAAUGUCAUGUUAUCAUUGGUGUUGUGUGUAAUAUAUGUGACUAAACAGAAUUGCUGAAAAUGAACUAUAGAUCAAAAGCAUUUAAACUUUUGUUAUAUCUCUUGACUGAUCUUUUUUGUUAAAUUUGAUUUGAUUCUUGUUUAUCAGUUGAUUUUUGUCACAAUAUGUACAAUUAAGUUAAUUUUAAUCAUAUCAUUUGCCUGUUUAUGACCAAAUUACCAAGGACCAACAAAAAUUGAGUUGUUUUCACCAAGAAUGGAAAUACUUUUCACAAAAACAUUCGUGAAAUGUCAUUAGCUUGAUCUGCAAGUUAAUCUAAAAACUACCAAUUGCUGUUAACUCAGCCUCAAAGUUCAUAAUACCAUAACGUUUUAUAUCUUGCCACUAAUUUUGACUGGACUUAAUAGCACUUUAUUGUACAAUUGCAAGAAAAAUAUAUUCCUAGGAUUGUUGCCAGUGUAAUUUCUCUAAUGUUCUGGUGCUUUUCAUAUUUUUUCAGUAUUUUUAUUACUAUAUUGGUAUUUUCUUUGUAUAAACUGAUCAAAAGAACAUGUUUUCUAUUUUAAUAUGUUUUAGAAAAAUAAUUACAUUUAUGAAAUAAAUAUCAUCAG